UGAUGAUGCUGAUGGACGUUGGACAACUGAUCUGUCGAGUGAUAACAGAGAUAAGGCGAAAGUGCAUCUUAUCUUGAACCAACCUCUGGAUUCGAACGCGGAUGCGGACCCCACCCCCGACGCUGACGCAGUGGGAGGUUUGACCAAUCCAGUGAUUACGGCUAUUUCUGGCAUAUCACAGACUUUCACUAUGAUCCAACGUACAAUUCGUCAUCAUUGUCAUGCGAGAAAAAUGAGAGUGGGGCUCAAAUGGGUCUUUUCGGGAACAUAUGGUGUGAUCCACCUUGGACACUGGUAGAAAGUAGUGUUCAGGCUAUGAAGUCAAUAAAACCUGAUGUAGACUUUCUGUUGUGGACAGGAGACAGUGUCCUACAUGCUGAUGUUGCAAAAAUUAACCACACGUUUAACGGAAUCAUUCUGGACAACGCAACAGAGCUUUUUAAGACUACCUUUCCGGAUACACCAGUUUAUGCGUCAUUUGGUAACCAUGAUUCAUAUCCAAUGGACCAGUUCAAACCUAGGAACACAGCCUUAUAUAACGAAACACUUGCAAGAUGGCGUACCUGGAUAGACGAUAGUUCACAAGAUGAAAACUUUAGAAAAGGUGGGUUUUACACAGUGAAGACUGCCAAAAACAUCAGGAUAGUGGCUCUUAAUACGAAUAUCUACUACAAGGACAACAAAGCUGUACAUGCAGAAGGUGACCCAGCUGGACAAUUUGACUGGCUAACUCAAACACUUGAGGCUGCCAGACAGAAAAAGGAAAAGGUGAUCAUAACAGGUCAUAUCGCACCAGGAUUUCAACUGAAUCAGGAAACGGAAUUGUAUACGCACCAAAACGGCAGACUUGUCAAGAUACUGAAACAGUAUUAUGACGUCAUCUCCGCCAUGCAUUUCGGUCACGAACAUGCUGAUGUUUUAAAACUGCUGAGAAAUGGAGAUGGAGUUCCUUUGAUACCAGUGUUCUUAGCCCCUUCGGUAACACCGAUCACUCUUGGUCCGCUGCACAAUCCUGGGAUCAGGUUGGUUAAGUAUGACAGAGUCACUGGAACACACAUCGACAUAUCACAGUACUAUCUUGACUUACAUGCAGCAAAUAAAGCUGAAAUCGCUAGAUGGAAGCUCGAAUACAACACAUCCGGUGCAUAUGGUCUUCCGGAUUUAUCUCCUGAAGCACUUGACAACUUAAUUGACAAAAUGAAGGAUCCGGCCAGCCACGAAUUCAAAAGGUAUUGGAAAUAUUAUGUGGUCAGUCCCGCCGACGAGUUCAUCGAGGAUUGUGACACACUGUGCCAUGCUACGGUUAUAUGUGGAAUGACUGAAUUUAUUCAAGCGGACUUUGUGAACUGUUUUGCAGAAAUUAUAAUAUCUUUGUCAGUGCGAGUGACAUAUUGUAUGCCUUUGCUUGGUCUUUCUCUUUCGUUAUCACUGUUUCUUUUUAUGUAAUAUUUCAACUUAAAAAAUGAUUAUAGAAAGUAGUUAGUGUUAAUGAAAAUAAAACGUUGGUACUUGUCCUUAGAUGUAUUCCUAACAAGUUGAUGAACUAAACUUUCGGGUAGGUGUAUCUAGAUGCAUUAAAUAUCAGAUAUAAACAUAUUCGUAUCAUGAAAAUGCUGUCUUCUAUGUUUCAUGAUAUGUUAAUGUAUUAUAUUAUUAUUAUUAUCAUUAUUAUUAUUAUUAUGUAUAAGUUAUGCGAAUGCGUGCAAUUUCAAAUCCUGGCUCCGGUCAUCUCGACUAUUGUGCAUUUUCAGUUAUGAAUAUAUUUAUCGCUAGCAAGUUCUUUUUUUUUUUUUUUUUUUU